AUGGGUAUUGGAGAGGGCGACCGAGUAGAUUUGCCUGGAGUUCAAUUCAAAGUCAACUUUAAAACCUACUCUGGCUAUCUGAAUGCGAAUGAUAACGGAACAUGGCAGAUGCACUACAUGUUGACUGAGUCGCGCUCUUCUCCGAGUAAUGAUCCAUUGCUGGUUUGGUUCAAUGGAGGACCGGGAUGUUCGUCCCUUUUAGGACUCUUUGAAGAGCUCGGCUCUUUUUAUGUGAACUUCGAUGGUGCAACCCUAUACGAAAACGUGUAUGCAUGGAAUGCGAAAGCAAAUGUGCUCUAUCUUGAAUCUCCCAUCGGAGUGGGAUUUUCGUACGAUACAACGCAAGACGCUUACAUCAAUGCUAACGAUGAUCAGACUGCAGCGCAGAACUACGCUGCCUUAAAAGAUUUCUUCAGCAGAGUACAACCUCAAUACAACAACAGAACGUUUUACCUUACUGGAGAAUCAUACGCUGGUAUUUACAUUCCGAUGCUUUCUCAGCGAGUUGUGGAGGGAAUCUCAAGAGGAGAUUUUCCUAACAAUAAAUUCCAGGGAGCUGCAAUAGGAAAUGGUUUCAUGAAUGUACCAUAUCUGAUGAAUUCUCUUGUGCUCUGGAGCGCGUAUCACGGCCGAGUGUCGCUUGAUGAUUGGGAUAAAAUCAAGGUCGCUUGCAAAACGGGCAGUGAAACAGAUGUUGAGAAAUACGAUUUUACCCGGUUCAUGACGAGUAAAAAUGGAAUGGACUAUUAUGGAGAUAGCUCGGAAUGCGGCAAGCUUAUUGCUCCUCUGAUCAGUAAUGAUGGGUACGGAUCAAUACAAGUGAUUCUAGUGCUGCCAGUGCUACCUUUCAGAUUCUUCGGCUACUUCUACGACCAAUACAACUACUAUCAAGACUGUUAUCAA